AUGACGGAACUCCUUCGGAGAGCCGGUAUGGAGUCCUGUAAGCAGUUGUCAACUCCGAUGUCCCUUGUCACCUCUAUUACCGCCACUGAGUCUCCUGUUCUAGAUGAUCCCAUGCCGUAUAGACGUCUCGUUGGGUCAUUGAUGUAUCUCCUAAUUACACGACCAGACCUGUCGUUUGUAGUCAAACGUCUAUGUCAGUUUAUACACAAGCCAACGAAGGACCACUGGGCAGCGCUCAAACGGGUGUUGCGUUACAUACAUGGAACACAGAACUUAGGCCUUCGUCUCACGACCACGUCCUCACCAGUUGUGCAUGUCUUCUCCGACUUUGACUGGGCUGGUUGCUCGCUUGAUCGCAAGUCAACAACGGGCUACGCGGUGUUUCUUGGCCCCAACCUUGUCUCUUGGGUCUCAAGGAAGCAACGCACCGUUGCCCGUUCUUCCACUGAAGCCGAGUAUAAAGCAAUUAUCGAUGCCGCAGCCGAGGUAACAUGGGUGCAGUCUCUUUUGUGCGAACUAGGCUUGCAUCCGCCAACGGUUCCGGUCCUCUGGUGCGAUAACUUGGGUGCAACAUACCUGUGUGCCAAUCCGGUGUUCCACGCAAGGACUAAACAUGUCGAGGUAGACUACCAUUUUGUCCGGGAUAAGGUAGCCUCCGGGGGAUUAAAAGUGAACUUUGUCUCCACUCAUGAUCAGCUUUCGGACAUAUUUACCAAACCCCUUGCCUUGUCUCGGUUCAGUGAUCUAAGGUUCAAGCUUGGCGUGGUCCCGUGUCCCCCGUCAGCUUGA